UGCUCACCCUCAGAAUCUUCUGAGUUUCAGUUCUCGUGUUUCUUAUCUUUUGGAGCUAUGGCGGUCAGAAGCACAAACGGGCUCUUUUAUUAUAGAUUAUCAUUUAUCUGUGCUCAGCCCAUUGUUGGUAUCAAAACCUGAUAUUUUAGCUUUGUAACCCGUGAGACUUUUUGCUUAGCAACUAGGGUGCAGUGGAAUUAGAAAAGAACUACGAAAUUUUUGCAGAAAAAUAAUUUCAAGAUUCUGAUUCAAGAGCCCAAAAUCAGAAGAAAGGAGCUAAGGGAAAGGUAUAGAUAAGAAUAUUCAAAUUAUUCAACCAAAACAUUUUGUAAGAAGACAGGAAGGAUGGAAGAAGCCAAACCAUCUGAGAAAACUAACUCAGGGCUCCGGGUGUUUGUACCAGUUCUUGUUGGGAUAGUGUUUGGAAUUAUAUUUCUGUGCUUGUUGGUAUGGAUUGUUAGAAAAAUUAUAGAAAGAAAAUUAAAUCAAAAGUUCAAAUCUAUAAAAGGGAAGGAAAGAGUUGAAAUGGAAUAUGAAGGAGUGAGCCAGUCGUUUGAAGACUUGAGUGAUUAUCCAACUAUAAAAGUAUCUUUUGGAUCACUUGAGGAAAAGAGAGAGAAUUCAGUGCUUGAUUUCAGUCCCGAAGAAGUAAAAACAGUGAUGAAGACUCCAGAUACAGAUAGUAACAGUUAUUUUCCAGAGGAGAGACAUAACAACAACAAUGAUAUUUCCAAGGACAGAAAAGACGUACAAGAAAAGCAUGCCAUAUCGAAUUUUGAGGAAACCGAUAAAGAAAAGAUCUAUGAUAGUAAUGUUGGGACAGGAUAUAAAACUAACAAUACAGAGGUGGUGCCUGUUGAUGUACACCUGAGCAGAGUGGAAAGCAACAGCAAUCUUACAAAGUACUCUCCAUUGUGUUCAAGUGCUGUUGAAGUUGCCUGAUGAUGUAUUCUAACUUCACUUUUUUUUUAGUCUUAAUAAUUGAUUACCCAAAUAUUCCAAAAUAUAGCUAUUGUAGCAAUAUCUACUAGUAAAUGGAAAAUUAUAUGCACACAUUUUUUUGAAGUAAAAGUGUUCAUUUAACACUUAUUUAAUCAUUUUGUAUGUAUUGAAUAUUUUAUUUCAAAGGAGUUGCUAAUUUUAUGUUAAGUUAGCUGUAUUAGCCUACACCCACCAAUGAAGGAAGCUGUUUAUGGGAAAGGACGUGUAAUUUUUGUGAGCUAUAACAAUGCCACUGUUAGUUCUAGAUGCUAAUUUUUUGUAAGCUUAAAAGAAGUCAGCCUACAAACAGGUUUCAGUAUCAGAAACUAUAAUAAAGUGAAAAUUGUUUACAGUUCUAAGGCUUCCAUAUUUUAAGAACCAGUUGGAUGUUUUAUGUUGCUAGCCAAGAAAGGCAUACAUAGUGAUGAAUAUUUAUUUUUAUAUUAAAAAAGUUUCAAUCAUCUAGUGUUUAAUACAAAGAAUGUAUGCACGUAAUCAGCUGUCAUUUUUUUAAAGCUUGGUAUAUACUUCAACAAUAAUUUGGAUAGGGUUUGCUCAUAUUUUUUUGCAGUCUUAAUAAAUGAACAUUUUAAAGUUUUAUGUAGUGCUAGAGAAACAGCAAUUUUAAUGUAAGUAAUUUGUAGGUCAUAGACAACAUAAAUCAAAAUUACUGCUUUAAGAAAAUAAGGUAUUGUCUAUUUUUGUAAGCACCGGGUCAGAGAAAACGUGUCAGCAUGAUAAAUCUGCAUAAGGCCACCAGGAUUAUUCGCAGCAAAGAAGCCAGGUAAAAAUGUGAAGGUUUUGAUAAUAUGUUUUCACUUUUAAACUCAUGAAUUGUAAUUAAAAAAUUCACAGAUUCUCCAACUUCACCUUGCUGUCAGUAGAUUUCUCACCAUAAAAAGCUUCAAUACUUUAGAGUUGAAUUGAUCAGUUACAAAUUCUCCUGAUGGAAAAGCUUGUCAACUUUGAAAUUUUUUUUGUAGUGUUUAUAUAUAUCAGUAAAUAAUAACAGUGUUUAUUUAUACAAAACCAAGUUAAGUAUUCAUUGAGUGAUGAUCAUGUGUAGAAGUAGUUAUAUGACAAAUUUAUUUUAAUUGUCAAUGAUAUGAUUAACUUUCAGUUGCGUAUUUAAAAAAAUAUAGUGAUGAUUGUUUUACAUUAUGUAGAAUAUGUAUGUAUGUAUGUAUGAUUACAAAAAUUACAUGACCAUGUUUGGGAUGCUUAUAUGCAGUCUUAAGUUGUGAUUUAAGUGUCUUUUUUUGUUUUAGUGUUCAUAGUUUAUUUUUUUUAAUCAGUAUAUAGAUCCAUAGAAGCAUCUGUAUGCGGGGGUGAUUUGUUUAUGCACAACACAGAUGUCUUUCAAACUGUGAUUGUAGUUUCCUGGAGAUUUUUUUAUUUGACAGCUACUUUUGUAGCUAUGUGGUUCGUAUAAUAUAGUUGUGGUAAUUCCAUUUAUUCAUCUUACACGAGUGUCUCUUCCAAAUUAUGUAGUUUAUUGUACUGAUUCCUCUGACUGAGCUAUCUGAGUAGCUUGAAAUCAGAUUUUUGUAUUUCCUUCAUUGAAGGAUUUACCACAUGAUUUAUAGUCACUCGAUUUUAUUGCUAACUUCUGUGAUAGAUUUAGCAUGACUACUAUAGAAGCUUUUUUGGGUGAAUUUUGUUUUGAAUACAUGCAUACUAAUUUUUGUACUGAUGCACUAACUAUGUGGAUUUCAAACUUUCAAUGUGUAUGGCUUAUUUUUAUAAUGUUUUGCCUUAGUACUUUCCUCUUAAAACAUUUUUCUAGUGCUUUCAGAGAGAGGAUUUUAUCCAUCUUGUAAUUUUCCCAUGCGUUUUUACAUUUUUGUUUGAUGGAUUAUUCAUUUCAUGAAAUUUUUCUACACAUUUUAGUAAUUUUAAAAAUGUUUUACUUAUAAAUGCUUCUUUUUCUAAACAUGUAUUUUUAUAAUAAAAUAUAUGAGGCAUCAUUGGAAUUCUUUGUUACCAGUAUUACAUAAGAAAAUGUAAAAAAAAAUAAAAAAUUGGACAUGUGAAUGGUGAAUUUACCAAAAGGUUAUUGAUUCAUUAUUGUAUUAAAACUUGUGCUUUUAAUGUAAAAAAUGAGUUUUUGAACCAAAACUAUUCUAGAAAUAAAAGUUCUCUAUUUGCAGGAAUGCUAAGCCUCCUUCAGUAGGUUUCGUGAGUAUUGGCCUUGCAGAGUAACUAAGACCUGAUAUUUGUUAAACCCAUUCACUGUGGCUGGGAUGUAUAUGUCCCAGUGCACUGGGAAAUGUACCUCCCAGCUGCAGUGUAAAGAUUAAACUGUAGACUAUGUGGUUAUCAUGAAAAUAUUAAGCAUGAACUAUUGCAAUUUACAUUUAAUCAGUCUUUAUACUCUAUAAAUGUAUUCAUUUAUAAUUUGUCACAAUUUAUUCAACUUUCGUUAGUUCAAAUUUUGUUUUUCAGUCUACAGAAAUUGAGUACCAUAUUUAUAGGUAAACCAAGUGUUAUUGAUUUUGUACCUUCAGUUAACAUUGUGUUGAGAUUGUUAAGGUAAUUUCAGGUAAACAAGCAUGUUUUGUAUUGCUGAAAUGCCUACAUUUCUUGCAAAUACCUUUUGAUGUAUUUGGAGGGAAGUUA